AUGCCGGAAAAUGUCGAGGGGGUAGCAAGAAACAGCACGGAAAAGUCCAAACCCAUGGAUCCUCCGCCAAUAGCAGAGGAUGCCGUAUUUGGCGAAAUCACAGAAGAAGGGCCAAACUACAGAGACGUCGGAUGGCUAGGGACAGUGGCUCUCAUGAUGAAGACCCAGUUUGGCCUCGGCGUUCUUUCUAUACCUCAAGUCUUCAACGCCCUGGGUUUGAUCCCGGGUACUGUGUGUCUCUGCGUCAUUGCGUCCAUGUGUACCUGGUCUACUUAUAUUAUAGGACAAUUCAAACUGCAGCACCCCGAGGUAUAUGGCAUCGAUGAUGCGGGUGAAUUGAUGGUUGGUCGUAUAGGCCGUGAGGUCUUCGGUGUCAGUGUCUGUAUUUGUGAGUCUCGUGUCCUAGCUUCUGGGGAUCUCGUCUAA